ACACACACACAUACUUCAACAUGUUCAGGCUUAUGUGGUGGUGUGCUGUUAUGUCUGGUUGCCUCAGACAACUUGAAGCUUGUGGUCAUGCCCCGCUGAAUUCCAGGAUAGUGGAUGGUCAGGACACACCCCCUGGUGCUUGGCCCUGGCUAGCCAGCGUGCAUGUCUCUGGGGUUCCCACGUGUGGAGGAUCCCUCAUCAACAGCCAGUGGGUGCUGGCAGCUGCCCAAUGCUUCCCCAGUGUGACCUCCAAAGAUGUGGUGGUGUACUUGGGGCACCAGAGUCGGUCCGGCAGUAAUCCAAAAGAGGAGAGCAGAACAGUCAGCCAGAUCAUUGUCCAUGAAAACUACGACUUCUUCACCACUGAAAACGACAUCGCUCUGCUGCAGCUCAGCUCCUCAGUUACCUUUACCAACUACAUCCAGCCCGUCUGUCUGGCUGCCACCGGGAGUGUCUUAAGCAGGGGCACCCUGACCUGGAUCACUGGAUUUGGGAAUGUUGAUGGAGGAGCUCUGUAUGAGAUCCAGGUUUCAGUGAUAGAGAACUGUAAGGUGCUGUAUGGAGGAGCAGUCACUGACAACAUGAUGUGUGCUGGAACACUCACUAAAGGAAGAGACGGCUGCGAGGUAGGCUAA